CGAGAUCACUGCGCCUGCGCUAGUCCGCUUCGGGGCGCUUACUUCCUGAACCUCAGACUCACGUUCUGAGCUGAAUAUCGCCCUCGCUCAAGCAUCGAUUGGGAUACUUUUCAUGCUCUACAAGAUGCUCUCGAAACAAGCACUAGUGGCGCAUUCGCUAGCACGAUCGAUCUCUCGCUCGGGUCCCAGGCGCGCUUUCUCGAUAGCAUCUUCUCUUCGCGCCAACUCCGACGUCCUCGACCCAGGCCUCAACGGCAAUUACCCUAACCCUCCAGCCGUGAAGCGUCAGUUCCGGGAUCCGCAUGCAAAGUACUGGGACCAGCAGGAACGACGAAACUAUGGCGAGCCCGUUCACGAGGACAACGAUGUGCUCGGAAUGUUCACGACAGAGGCGUACACGUGGACCAAGCCUGGAAAGGGCGCCGUCAUGUUUGCCACAUUCGUCGCGAGUGUGCUUGGAUUGACUUUUGUGGUUGGGCGACUCUACCCUGAUAAACCAGCUGUAGCGAGGGAAUUCGAUCUGACGGAAGAACUGGGUGGUAAAGAGGCGCUGAUUGUAACAAAGCGGACGUGAGCGACCAGAAUCUUGACACUCCUAUCAGAGCAUAAAGUGAGACAUCAUAGCAGCAUUGUAUAUAGUUCGCUCAAGGCUACAAGAGCAGCAAAGAACAUUUUUCUUUGUCGACAUGCAAUAUUCGAACCCGAGUAGCCUUCCCGCUGUCUACAUAAUUCCUGCUCAGAAACUUAAUACACGACCCUUUUGUAACAUUCCCAUGCAUUAAGCUCGGCCGACGUGUUAUAGCCCUGUUCGUUCCAUACAAUGAAAAGCGGCAAAUGCAUACUUGUCGGGCUUCGCACAUGAUUGUACAUCAAGAAUACAUACGCGUCAACCCACAGUUCGUAAUAAAUCAUGGAUAUUAGUGUCGAAUACAACUAGCAGGCUAAUUCGGCCAUAUGUAACAUUGGCCUUUAGGUUC